UUAAGACAGGUUAUAAGUUUAAAUAUUUAAUUCUUAAGCCUAAAAUGCAGUCAAUGGUGUAAAUACUCGAAAUACUUAAACUUAAAACGUAAAUUAAGAAGAAUACAAAAACGGAAAAGUACACCGUGGUUCAUGGGCGCUGAACUUUCAACGGCGGUUGCCUAUAACGAAGGACGUUUGAGCUUUCAGUUUCAGUAGCAUUCCGUCAUUUGUGCCGAGAGUAGCGACUCAGUUAAUCAUACACAAAAAACCUAAUAGUGCAAUAUUGUAAGCGUUUUAGUUCAGUGAUUUUAUAAAUGUGAUUAUUUACACAGUGAUAAGAGGUACCUAUAUGUGAAGUCAAAAACUUGGAUUAUUAGAAAAGUCAAAUAUCUCCAAAAUGAACUGACUCACGUUUUUUAUAAUAUGCGAGUAAAAAAAAAUGUGUAUUCGUGUAUGGAUAAAGGGAUUUAGAAUUGAACGAUUGUAUUUCUACAAAAAUAAUUGAAUAUUAAGUCCUAAAUAAUGUCGACUGAUAUAAAUGAAGAUUUAGAAGACGAAAUAAGCCUAACUGACAGGUUUGUAAAAUACUAUCCGUUGGCUGUUGUAUGUCUCGGAAGCUUGGGAAAUUGUAUAUCAGUGUUAGUGUUUUUCGGGACAAAAUUACGAAAACAAUCGUCAUCAUAUUAUUUAUCUUCAUUAGCAAUCAGUGAUACAUUAUUUUUAUUAAUACAACUGAUGCCUGUACUAUCGAAAGUUGGAAUUGGGAUAUACCACAUGCAAGGUUUUUGUCAAUUUUUCGUCUACUUGGCCCAGAUUUGCAGUUUUAUUAGCGUGUGGCUAGUUGUGGUGUUUACAUCAGAACGUUUUAUUGCUGUUCGAUAUCCAUUACACAGAUCAGUGAUAUGCACAGUAUACAGAGCUAAAAUUGUACUUAGCAUAUUAAUCACGUUUGCAUUAAUAGUACAUAUCCCGUAUUUAGUGAUUUCAGGACCUAACGACAUAGUCUUAGCAAAUAACUCAACAACGACAGAAUGUAGUUUGAACUUUUCAUGGUACGAAUUAUAUACGUGGCUAAACUAUGCAGACGUAUUGAUGAACAUGAUGAUACCAUUUUUCCUGAUCGUAAUAUUCAAUAGCAUGAUUUGUCAAUCUGUGUGCCGGUUAGCUAGAAUAAGACGAACUAUGACACUUCACCCAUCUAGAAGAAGACAAUCUACAUCACAAAACUCGCAACACACAUCUCAAAUAAAAGUCACAGAAAUGCUUUUAGUCGUGUCUACAGUGUUUUUAUGUCUUAAUCUGCCAUCAUACGUAUUCCGAGUAUGGAUGGUAUGGGACACUAUAACAUCGGCAAAGUACAAAACUAUACAAGUCAUUGCAAAUCAAAUGUACAACACACAUUUUGGAAUAAAUUUCGUACUGUACUGUGUAAGUGGCCAAAAUUUUCGAAGAGCUUUGGUUGAACUUUGGAAUAAAAGAAGACAUUCCAAUAAAAGAUUAAAGGAAACACAGGUUACAACAGUAUUAUCAGAAUUUUCAAAAAGUGGGGUUGGAUCAAAACAAACUACCGUCAACGGAACUUGGAAAGAAGUUCAUGAACUCAUACCAAUUGCACACAGUUAAUAUCUUAAAGAUUAACUCAUUUUUUAAUAUAAUGUACAAAUAUGGUUAAUAUCUUAUAUUUAUGUAUAUAUAAUAUAUAUUAUAAUGUAAUAAACAUUUUAUACAGUAAUUAUGUUGUAAUAAAUAGGUGUGGAUAAAGAGUGUGGUGUGUAGGAGUAUAUUCUCCUACUAUUCAACCCACCCCCCCC